UGCCAGCGAGAUCCUCUGAAUCCACCAUGAGAAGAGCUUCCGCAUGCUUCCUCUCGCUGUGCAGACGCCAAAGCCCCAAACCCAUCUCGCCAAUCCCUUCCAAGAACUACGUUUCGAAUGUCCCCUCCGCUACUUCUUCGCCUUCUUCAAUCCUCAAGCCCUGCUCCCAGUCCCACGGGUUUCUCUUCAAACCCUACGAGUUCUUGGCGCCCACGUCGCGAACCCUCGACACCCUCGUCGAGAAACCCGCUCAAAUCCCCUCGAGGCAGAGGAAAAUCCAAGAAAGGUCGCGGCUUGAGGAGGCCUUCGAGUCCGCGACCACGCUCGACGAGAUGCUCGGCGCGUUCAAGAAGAUGGAGUCCUCCUUCGACGACAAGGAGCUCGGCCUGGCCUCUCUCAAGAUCGGCCUCAAGCUUGAUCAGGAGGGCGAGGACCCCAACAAGAUUCUGCAUUUCGCGGAUAGGGCUUUGAAGGGGUUGGAUACAGAUGGUAAGCCUAGUUUGCUUGCUGCCAUGACGUUGCAGUUGAUGGGUUCUGCUAGUUACUUGUUGAAGAGGUUUAGUGAUGGCUUGGGAUAUUUGAAUAGAUCAAAUAGGAUGUUGGGUAAGCUAGAGGAAGAGGGGUCUAGCGUGGAGGAUAUUAGACCCGUGCAGCACGCGGUGCUUCUUGAGUUGGCGAACGUGAAGACGGCGAUGGGAAGAAGAGAGGAAGCUAUUAGGGAUCUUAGGAAGUGUCUGGAGAUUAAGGAGACGACUUUUGAUGAGGAUAGUGUGGAGUUGGGUAAAGCAAAUCGCGACGUCGCGGAAGCUUAUGUUGCUGUUCUGAACUUCAAAGAGGCUCUGCCAUUUGGUUUGAAGGCUCUGGAGAUACACAAAAAUCAUCUGGGUAAUAAUUCGGUGGAGGUUGCGCAUGAUAGGAGACUUCUUGGCGUGAUAUAUAGCGGGUUGGAGCAGCAUGAGAAGGCACUGGAGCAGAAUGAGCUUUCGCAGAAGGUUUUGAAGAACUGGGGACUCAGUUCUGAUUUGCUCCGUGCCGAGAUUGAUGCCGCGAAUAUGCAGAUUGCACUGGGAAAGACUGAUCAAGCCAUUAAUACUCUAAGGGAUGCUGUCCAAAAGACCGAAAAAGAUAGUCAGACUAGGGCUUUGGUGUUUAUAUCAAUGGGGAAAGCACUGUGUGACCAACAGAAGCUUGCAGACGCGAAGAGGUGCUUGGAGAUUGCUUGUGGGAUUCUUGACAAGAAAGAGGCAGUGUCCCCAAUAGAAGUUGCAGAAGCAUACUCCGAAAUAUCUAUGCAGUAUGAGACCAUGAACGAGUUUGAAACGGCAAUCUCAUUACUGAAGAGAGCUCUCGCUUUGCUGGAGAAACUUCCGCAGGAGCAACAUUCUGAGGGAAGUGUUUCUGCAAGGAUAGGAUGGUUGCUGUUACUGACAGGGCAAGUACAACAGGCAAUUCCUUACUUGGAGAGUGCAGCAGAAAGGUUGGAAGGAAGCUUUGGUUCAAACCAUUUUGGAGUGGGUUAUAUUUAUAACAAUCUGGGAGCCGCAUAUUUGGAGCUAGAUAGACCACAAUCUGCCGCACAGAUGUUUGCUGUUGCAAAGGACAUUAUGGAUGUCGCGCUUGGUCCACAUCAUGCAGAUUCAAUUGAAGCCUGUCAGAACCUUUCAAAAGCAUACAGUGCCAUGGGAAGCUAUGCGCUUGCAAUUGAGUUUCAGCAGCAAGUCGUUGAUGCUUGGGAAAACCAUGGAGCAAGUGCAGAAGACGAACUCAGAGAGGCCCGGAGUCAUCUGGAACAAUUGAAGAAAAAGGCCCGUGGCGCACUGUCAGAUGAGCUUAGCAGAAAGGCCUUGCCCUUGCCCCAGGUUGAUGCUUCCAGGUCUCAAACAAACUGAUCUACUCGAUGACCAGGGUCACCUGGCAAUUGCUGCUGCAUUCAGCUUAUCUUCAUCAUAUAGUGCACGGUUACAGGGCGUCUUGCUCAAACAGUAAGCACUGGGUCUUCUAUAGUUCCUUGGCAGAGUUUGUUUCUUGCACAGCUGCUCAUGUAAUUAGCCGAGGCAUGCAGCAAGGCAAGUGGCGAAGUCUUUUAGUUCUUGCCGGGUCUCGAACUCUACAAUUUCAAAAGCAAUUCUGUAUGCUUAAAAGCAAGAUCAAGUUUUCUUGAGUUGUUAAUCUUUUCUGCCCAACUGCGUAUUUAAUUCAUUAAUGAGUAUGAAAAAUUGAGAAAUAGAA